CACCACCUAGCCUUGUCAUUGCCCGAUUACUGCCAGAUCCAUCCAUCGCUUUGUCAUUUGGUGGACUUCUGACAGCUGUGGGACUUAUCUGGACAUGGCUUACUACGGGUUCUACACAGAUGGUUUCAUUAUGUGUGCUGUCAGGGGCUGGAAUAUCAUUGUGCAUACAAGCAGCAAGUGUUGCCAUUUCACCAUAUUUUAUCAG